AUGGACGCCACCAGCAAGCCCCACCAGAUCCCUCCCGCGAUGGCGCUCUAUGCCGAGAAGCACCGCAUCUUCCAGCUCAUGCAGGCCAUGCUGGAAGCCGUCCUCAUCGCCCGCCCACAGGAUCCCAUUGAAUUCAUGAUCGAGCACCUCCAGAAAGACAACGAUGAGGUGCCCAGGGUCUUUGUCCUGGGGCCCCCCGCCUCGGGCAAGACGACCAUCAGCCGCUGGAUGGGCAAGCACCUGAAUGCCACCUACCUGUGCCCCCAGGACCUGGUGCAUGACCGGAAGCUCAGGAAGUCCAGGGAGGCUCUCGCCCGCCUUGGCCCGCAGGAGGCCAUUCCCGAUGAGCUGUGGGCCUGCCUGCUGGAGGAGCGCCUGUCUGCGGAGGACUGCACGGCGCUGGGCUGGGUGCUGGACGGCUUUCCGGAGACGAGGCAGCAGGCCCUGCUGCUGCAGGCCAAGGGCAUCAGCCCCCAGCACGUCCUCGUGCUCUACGCGCCGGACACGGUGCUGGUGGAGAGGAACCUCGGCAAGCUGCUGGAUCCCAUCACCAAGGAGGUCUACCAUGCCACCUUCGACUGGCCGAUGGACUACAUGGUGCAGAGGCGCCUGGUGACCCCAGAAGGCAUCUCAGAGCAAGCGACCGCCACCCGCCUCCUGGAGAGCCAUCGCAGCCUCCCGGGCAUCGUCCAGACGUACAAGGAGAACCACAAGGCCGUCAACGCCGACCAGCCCUGCGCAGACGUCUUCGCCCAAGCCCUGAGUUUUGUGCAAAGCCGCCCUUCCUCCAACGCGCCCUUCACCCCCCGGGUUUUGCUCCUGGGCCCUCCUGGGAGCGGCAAACGCUUGCAGGCUGCUCUGCUGGCCCAGAAGUAUGGGCUGGUGAGUCUUCGCUUGGGGGAGCUGCUGCGGCAGCAGGUGGCUGACCACAUGCCGUUCGGGGACCUCAUCAAGCCCUGCCUCGGAAGCGGCUACCCGGUGAGCGACACCGUCGUCCUGAGCGUGCUCAAGGAGCGGCUGGGCCAGCAGGACUGCGUGAGCCGCGGCUGGGUGCUCCACGGCUUCCCUCGCGACAUCGACCAGGCCAUUCUCAUGAAGCACACCGGCUUCAAGCCCAACCGGGUGUUCUUCCUCAACUUGCCCACCGAGGUGGCCUUGCAGCGCCUCUGCCAACGCGCCACAGACCCCGUCUCAGGGGAGAGGUACCACGGCAUCUUCAAGCCACCGACAGACACAGAGGUGCACAAGCGCCUGCUCCAGAACCCCCGGGACCGGCCGGGCAGGGUGGAGGAGAAGGUGGACAUGUACAACCGGCAAGUGGCUAUGCUUGAGGAUUUCUACGAUGAGGGCAUUUCCCUCAACGCCGACCAGGAUCCCUACACCAUCUUUGAGUACGUGGAGAGCUGCCUGGUGCAGUCCUUGCCCAUUUUAAGACAAUGA